AUGACGACAUUACCGCCACGCGAAUCGUCGACGCUGGAGGAUAUUCAUGGUGCUCUGGUGGCCGAAAGGUCGAAGAAGGCAUACGCCUCGGGAAUCCGUCAAGUUGUCAAGUGGAUUCAGCACACCGAUCAAACCAAUGAGCUUCUCAAGGAUGACGGCUCAAUCAACCUGGCAACGUUCUCGUAUGAGUCGUUCGUCCAGUUCAUCGUUUGGACCAUGCAAAACACUGCUGUGAAGGCCAACACGAUGUCCGGCUACAGGUCAGUCAUGCAAAACUACUACAAGAUGCAAAAGGUCCAUCUGCCGCCACAGUUUGACAGCGACUUAAAAGACGUGUUCCAAGUUACAGCAGCAGCACAAAUAACGACAUUAAAAGCUCCGUUAGAAAUUCGGCGAAUCACAGCGUCAAGCGAGCAGACCACUUCAGUGAAGGAAUCGGAAAAGCGUCCUCUCGGUUUUGGAGCUUCCGAAGCUCUUUGCCGCACAACAAUUUCGUCAAUGGACGCUGGGUUCCUACACCUGUUUCUCGUAUUGUCGUGGAACCUGAUGGCACGCUCGAAGUCAACCGAAACCAUUCAGCUCGGACACUUGUCGUACGAAGAAGACGCCAUAGGGGUCACGUUCUUCAAGUCCACGACCAAGGUGGAAGCAAGCGGCGGGAUCCUCGGCACAUCUAUGCCAACCCACUACAGCCACACAUGUGCUCUUUCCUUGCUCUUGGGCUGUACCUUGCCUGCAACCCGAUGCUUGCUGCUGGAGCACUCUUUCCUGGUUCGUCUCAGCGCACGAGAUUCGGCAAACGCUUGA